AUGACUAUCUCCAAGCAACCCGCCGUCUUUUACGUUCACGCCGCUUUGUUCGACUGCGACGGGACCCUCGUCAACUCGACCGGGGCCAUCUCUGAAUUCUGGAGAGACUUUGGCAAGACCAGACCCCACGUCAACCCUGAAGAAAUCAUCAGAACCUCGCACGGGUGCAGAACUUUCGAUGUCAUCGCCAAGUGGUCUCCUGAAGACGCCGAAGUGGAACAAGUGACCGAGUGGGAGGGUUCGAUUCCCGACUCGUUCGGCCAGUACGCCAAGCCCAUCCCCGGUGCCGUCGAGCUCGUCAAGGAGUUCGACAACUUGUCGAGAAACGCCACUGAAAACGGUAAGCAAAGAUGGGCCAUCGUCACCUCGGGUACCUUGCCUUUGGCCACCAAGUGGUUGAAGCUUUUGACCAUCGAAAAGCCUGACGUGUUUAUCACCGCCGAAAAGGUCACUAAGGGUAAGCCCCACCCCAUGGGCUACCAGAACGCCAGAGACACUCUUGGUUACGAAGCUGGCCACCACAAGGUUGUGGUGUUUGAAGAUGCCCCCGCCGGCAUCGCGGCCGGUAAGGGUGCGGGCGCCUUCAUCGUCGGUAUCUGCUCCACCUACGACCCUGAGAAGGUCAGAGCUGCCGGUGCCGACAUCGUUGUUGACGACUUGCUGUCGUUCCACAUCGACUCGUACAACCCUGAAACCGAUGAGUUCAAGGUGGUCGUCAACGACUACCACUACGCCAACGAAGAGUUCUUGCAAGAAGCUUAA